AUGGUGGUGCCGGAAGGUGCAGUUCUUCUGUGCACCUUGGGGUCCCAGUUGGUCACCGGGAAGCCCCAGCGAGUGGCCGUGGCAUCAAACAUAGAGAUCUGUGGCUUCCAAUGUGGGAAACAAAUGGUUUAUUUUCUGGAAAGAUCAUCCAAGGAGCGGAUCAUGGACUUCUCCUGCAUGGACCACUAUCUGAAGAUUUAUGGCACUUACAGUGAGCGGCUUCAUCUGAACAAAACUACUGGCUGCUGCACUAUAACCGAUGCUCAAAAACAUGACUCCGGUGUGUAUGUACUGGAAUAUCAGGAGCUCAGGAAAGUCACACAGUUCAAAUAUACAACCUACUUAAUCAUAGACCCAGUGUGUGUGACCAACAUAAGCGCCAGGCACAAUGGAGAAAAUGUGAGUGUGAGUGUUUCCUACAGUGGGGAAGAGGCGACAGUUGUGUGGGCAUGGAACGGGGGAGCCCUGCCUGAGAGACACCAGCUGAGUGACAGUAACAAGACUCUCACUGUACCCAGUACUGACACCGGCACAUUCACCGUCCUUGUCUCCAACCCCGUCAGUCACAGCAGCGCUCACUAUAACCUCACACUGACAGGUAAGUUGAUAUUAUACUGA